UCUCCUCCUCUGUCAAGAGGAGGAGCAGGAGGAGGAGGGGGGGGGAGAGGUCCCGCUGGUCGCCGCACACUCCCGUUGUCUGCCGACGGUCCAGCAGGGCUUGCGACUGGCUUGCACGAGCAUCCAACCUGCGCGCAGCGAAUUCAAAAGGGAGACGCCGCAUCCGGAGGCUCAGGCGACUCCCGAAAACUAAGCGGAGCCGAGCCGAGCCGAGCGGGGGAGAAGGACCCACCCACGCGAGCGGGGCCGGAGAAUUGGAAAGCGGCGCCAAGGCGCCCAGCUGCGGACCGCUCCGUUGCAACUCCGCGCGGGUCUCCUUGGCAGGGCGGAGUGCGGAGCUCCGGCGGCUCCGCCAGCCCGAGUCCCGGAGGAAGAGGAUCCCCCUUCCCGAGCCCGCUGCUGCGCUGCUCUGCUGCUCUGCUCUGCCCGGGCGUGGCUGGCGAGGCGAGGCGAGGCGAGGCGGGCGGAGGACGAGCGAGCCCCUGAAUUGCCCCAGGCAGGGCGGGCGAGCAGGAGCGGGAGUUGCGCGGCAGAGGCAGAGCCAGCAUGCCUCGGGAGCGGGCGAAGGCGGCGCUGCUGCCGAAGGCGCUGCGGGGGCGUUGAUCGGAGCGGAGGGUGGCCGCGGGCGCUGCGCGAUGGGCUGCCUGCUCUGGAGGGAGCCGAUCCUCUUCUUGCUCUGCGCCAACUUCUUCCCUGCAUUCAGCCAUGUAGAAACGCGGGCUCAUGCAGAGGAGCGACUCCUGAAGAAACUCUUCUCUGGAUACAACAAGUGGUCCCGGCCAGUUGCCAAUAUUUCAGAUGUGGUCAUUGUGCGUUUUGGAUUGUCCAUUGCCCAGCUCAUAGAUGUUGAUGAAAAGAACCAAAUGAUGACCACGAACGUGUGGGUGAAACAAGAGUGGCAUGACUAUAAGUUACGUUGGGAUCCAGAGGAAUAUGAAAAUGUGACAUCGAUACGAAUUCCAUCAGAGCUCAUUUGGAGGCCGGACAUUGUUCUCUACAACAAUGCAGAUGGGGAUUUUGCCGUCACCCACCUCACCAAAGCCCACCUCUUCUAUGAUGGCCGGAUCAAAUGGAUGCCACCAGCCAUCUACAAAAGCUCCUGUAGCAUUGACGUCACUUUCUUCCCCUUCGAUCAACAAAACUGCACCAUGAAGUUUGGUUCAUGGACUUAUGACAAGGCCAAGAUUGACCUGGAGAGCAUGCACCGCCAUGUGGACCAGUUGGACUAUUGGGAAAGUGGUGAGUGGGUGAUCAUCAAUGCCGUGGGCAAUUAUAACAUCAAGAAGUAUGAGUGCUGCUCAGAGAUCUAUCCUGAUAUCACCUAUUCCUUCAUCAUCAGGCGCCUGCCUCUGUUCUACACCAUCAACUUGAUCAUCCCUUGCCUGCUGAUCUCUUGCCUGACUGUCUUGGUUUUCUAUUUGCCUUCUGAGUGUGGGGAGAAGAUCACUCUUUGCAUCUCAGUCUUGCUGUCUCUAACUGUCUUCCUUCUCCUUAUCACUGAGAUUAUCCCCUCCACCUCCCUGGUCAUCCCCUUGAUUGGGGAGUACUUGCUGUUCACUAUGAUCUUUGUCACCUUAUCCAUCAUCAUCACUGUCUUUGUGCUCAAUGUCCACCACCGCUCUCCUCGCACCCACACCAUGCCGGAGUGGGUGAGGAAGGUUUUCCUCGACGUGGUCCCACGCCUCCUCUUCAUGAAGCGCCCUUCGGCAGUGAAGGACAACUGCAAAAGGCUCAUUGAAUCCAUGCACAAAAUUGCCAACUCUCAACGAUUUUGGUCUGAGACUGAAGUGGAACCCAACUUCACUACCUCAUCUUCAAACAGCCCUCAGAGCAAUGAGCAAUCGCCCACAUCUUCCUUUUGUGCCCAUCUUGAUGACCAAGCAAAGACGCAGCCUGUGUGCAAAUCGCCAUCUGGCCAGUAUUCCAUGUUGCAUCCCGAUCCAAUCCGGGCUAGUUGCACAUCACUACAACCUCCCUGUCAUCCACUGGAAGAAUCCCAAUCCAGCUCAAUCUCCAAAGGCAGGUCACUAAGCGUCCAGCAGAUGUACAGCAGCCCAGGAAAAGCAGAGGAAGGAAACAUACGGUGUCGCUCCAGGAGCAUUCAAUAUUGCUACUUGCAAGAGGAGUCAUCCCAGACCAAUGGGCAAUCUACCGGGUCGCCGGCAUCUCCGCGGUGCCAUCUCAACGAGGAGCAGCCCAAAUCCAAACCCACUCAUUGUAAAUGCAAAUGUAAAAAGAACGAGUCAGCCAGCACCUCAGGGCAAGGGAGCAAGACUUUGGGCUCAAAGGACCAGCAGCUUUUGCUGAUGUCACCUGCCUUGAAGUUAGCGGUGGAGGGUGUCCAUUACAUUGCAGACCACUUGAGAGCAGAAGAUGCAGAUUUUUCAGUGAAGGAGGACUGGAAGUACGUUGCAAUGGUCAUCGACAGAAUCUUCCUCUGGAUGUUCAUCAUCGUUUGCUUGUUGGGCACUGUAGGGCUGUUCCUCCCACCUUGGCUGGCGGGGAUGAUCUAAGGAUGAAACGACUCUGAAAAGGAAUCAAUUGCAUCCCAUUCAAUAGAUUUCAGUCCACUUGGAAGGGGCAAAGCAGAAUGCUGGAGGUGGUCGCUAUGAAUAAUUUACCAUAAUGUCUGCGCAUGAAUUGUUCCUGGAAACUCCGGGAAUCCCUUCCAAGGUCGCAUCACCUGCCUAAGCCAUCCUCAUCUUCUAUAUCUCUUUGGGGUGGGUGGGAGGGGCGGGACUGGUUAAUUAAAGUUUAUCCAUAGCAUGACGGCAUUUGUUGUCAUAUAUACUCCGAAGAACACAGCUGUGUUCCUUUAAGGAAAGUGCCAACAGAGGCAUCAAUAAACAGACUCAGCCCCUAACAAGUCAGCUAAGAAGCAAAGUUAACGGCGUGGGAUUGAGCAGAAGCUCUUUCGAGCCGUUGGCUCUGAGUUAAGGGUCUUGUUGAUGUGUUUUUGCACAACAGGUAAGGCAUAGUGAAGUCUGGGAUGGUGGAAGGGCUUUCCCCCAGAAUGUUUGAAUGGAAAUUAAAAACCCAACAUAAGUUUUGCUGAUCCUUAGAAUUAUGCUUCAUAAAGAAAGAAUAGAAAAAGAAGGCCAAAAGACUAUGUGUUUGUCCAUGGUGUUUAUCCAUGAUAAAAAGAAUCACGUGGUACUGGACUUGUGCUGGACUGUACUAUUUCAGGCUACAGGUGGGACUGUACCAGUUCAGGCUGCAGGUGGUUGACCUAUUUCAGUACUUAUUAUACCCACAAGACAAGUAUGGCAGAAACAAGCGGGGGCAAAACUCUCCUUCCUGACUUGCAGCUACUUCUGUAUAUAUGGGGAGAUUUUCAUAUUCAGACAUUGGAUCUUUUCACCGGCACUCUGCAAUGGGACAGCCCAGCAAAACUUCCAGUGUAACUCUUCAGACAGUAUUUUCGCUUUACAGCUCUGAGAUAAAAGGAGGUUUCCAGCAAGAGUAAGUCUGAGACAUCCAGAAUCCCACAAAGUAUCAGGUUCCCAUUUCUGACUGUGUGUCAGACACAGUUUUAUAUUUUACAGAUCACCUUCCUUUUUCAGGCUAAUGAUGGGAGAGCCCUACUUACUUCCACUGGACUGGCUGCACUGUUGGAUUGCAGCUGAAGUAGUUCAGAGCAGCAUCCCAUAACUUUGUUUACCAAAGUGUGUGCUGUGUGGGUUCCAAGGAAAGAUUUGGAGAAUCCAAAAUGGUUCUGGCCAUGCCUUUUACUGGAUCAACAAAGGACCCCAUUUGGCAAGAAACCUUGCUACUCUGCCAACACAGUGGGUCCAAUAAAAGGCACCACAUUUCGUAUCUAAUCUGUUGUACCCUGUCCCUUGCAUUUGUUUUCAAAGAAUCAGGUAAAAUUUCUAUAAUAUAUUGCAGAGAAAGAGUUCACAUUUCCUAAAUGCACAAGGUGGAUUUUUCAGUGUACUGCAAAUACAGUCUGAUACUGAAAGGAGAUUAUAGAUCUAAUGGUGUCCAUAUAGCUGUGAAGAUGCAGCUUCAACUCUUGGGUCAAGCCAUAUUUGAUUAAUGACUCUGGGGGAAGGGGGAAUAUAUAUCUGCAUAGUCCAUCAGCACUCCUGGUACAUGGCAAUGGUUUCAUGGAUGGAAUGGGGUUAAAGCAUAAAUGCUAUAUAUAAUUUGGCUUGUUCCUACUUGGUACAGCAGCAUAUGAGUCCCACACCUCUAGUCCAAACCAAGCUUGGUCUUGGUAGGUGAGUCUUUUCCUUGAGGAUGUGAACUCAGGCUAACUCUUGAACUGUUUGAAUUCCAUAAGCAAGAUGAGGAGGAGACUUUUGCAGGGAGGGAGACAGAAAUCUGAGGGUGACUCUCCAGUCGUUUACUCUCUGUGGGCCAAAAUUCUUCUCGAUUAAGAGAAACAAUUGAUGAAGCUUCAUGAACAGACUUGAAAUAAAGGAUUUCUGAGUAAUCA